AUGGGUCAGGUGUUUGAAACAUUUCAUUUAAACAGUGAAAACUUCAAACAUAUAACGUUUAGUUAUUCCCUCGUUCUUAUAGAAGAUGAUGUGGAGGAUGCCGUUCCAGACCAUAAUGAAUUCCUUUUUCCAGAAUAUGAAAUUUUGAUAGAACCUGAGGAACCAGAAUCUCCUGCUGAUAGCAGUGUAGAUCCUAAUGACGAAGAAGCAGCUGCAGAUACAUUAGAGAGCCCAGAAAAACAAGAGGAACUCACAGCUACAAGCAGUGCAAGUGAAACGUUGGAAUCCUUAGAUGAAGAGACAUUGGAAGCAAUGGCAAAACAUGAGACUGAAGACGACGAGAUUUUCCAAAAGUUUAAGGAGCGAAUAGCUGCAGAACCAGAGCAGAUUAUUAGAUACUGCAGGGGAGGAGAAGGCCCCAUCUGGGUAUCAGGUGAAAAUAUUCCUGAAGAGAAAGAUGUCCCCAAUUGCUCGUGUGGUGCCAAAAGGAUAUUUGAAUUCCAGAUUAUGCCACAGCUCCUGAACCACCUAAAGGUCGAUAGCCUUGGAGAGAGCAUUGACUGGGGAACGCUGGUGGUGUACACCUGUGCGGAUAACUGUAAUGAGGGGAAUCAGUACACUGAGGAGUUCAUAUGGAAACAAGAUUUCUCUGCAGUCUCUCUGUAACUUCCAUCAUGUUACUAAAUUGAAUUAUCUAAAUCUAAUACUUCCCUUGUUUCAGUGCGUCUGUGCUUUGCAAACAGGUAAUUGAACUGAUGUCACGGAUAUCUUACCUAUCUUGUAACGACGAUAAAACUACUGAAAACAGUAA